CGGGGAGAGCGCGAGCAGCGCCUGCGAGGGAGGCGAGGAAGGAGGACUGAGACCCAACGAGGCCGGCGCUGACAGGAGCGAGCGAGCGAUGGGGGCGCCUGGGCGCCGGGUCAGUCUCGGGCAGCUGCCUCCGCCGCCUCCCCUCAGGGGACCUGCCUGACUGGCCGGCCCGCCAUGGAGCUGGAGCCCGAGCCCCCGCCGGGCGCCCCCAACGCUGCAGGGGGAGGGCGGAGGGCAGCACCGCCACCUCCCCCGCCGCCCCCGCCGCCCCCCGGACCGCCGCCGCCUCAGCCGCAGCCGCAGAACGGAUUUUGCCGAGAGUCAUCAUCUGAGCAUGAUCCACCUUCUGCAGAUGACCGAGUUGAUCAGCGAACCUGCCUUAUCUGUGGAGAUCGCGCAACAGGGUUGCACUACGGCAUCAUCUCCUGUGAGGGCUGCAAAGGCUUCUUCAAGCGGAGCAUUUGUAAUAAGAGGGUGUACAGAUGCAGCAGAGACAAGAACUGUGUCAUGUCCCGCAAGCAGCGCAACAGAUGCCAGUAUUGCCGGCUCCUCAAGUGCCUCCAGAUGGGGAUGAACCGGAAAGCAAUCCGAGAAGAUGGCAUGCCAGGAGGCAGGAACAAGAGCAUUGGGCCUGUCCAGAUAUCCGAGGAAGAGAUUGAGCGCAUCAUGUCUGGGCAAGAAUUCGAAGGGGAAGCCAAUAUCUCUUGGAGCAACAACGGGGACAGUGACAACAGCUCUCCUGGCAACGGGGUGUCCGAGAGCAACCAGCCCUCCCCUGUCUCAACUCCAUCUUCAAGUAGGUCUGUGGAGCUGAAUGGAUUCACUGCACUCAGGGAUCAGUAUAUUGGGACACCAGUGUCUGCACACUAUCAGUACCUUCCGCACCUUCUGAGCUGCCCGGCUCACACUGCUCUGCUGCCCCCUCAGCCCCGAAGCCUUGACCCUCAGUCCCAUGGCCUCCUCAUCAGUCAGCUAGUGUCAGCAGAGGACCUGGAGCCCUUGGGCACCCCAAUGCUGAUUGAAGAUGGGUACAAGGUGACUCAGGCUGAGCUCUUUGCGCUGCUCUGUCGGCUGGCAGAUGAGCUGCUGUUUCGGCAGAUAGCCUGGAUCAAGAAGUUGCCCUUCUUCUGUGAACUUUCCAUCAAGGACUACACUUGCCUCUUGAGCUCCACAUGGCAGGAGCUGAUCCUGCUCUCCUCCCUUACUGUUUACAGCAAGCAGAUAUUUGGGGACCUGGCAGAUGUGACUUCCAAGUACUCUCCCUCAGAUGAUGAGCUGCACAGAUUCAGCGAAGAGGGGAUGGAGGUGAUGGAGCGGCUUAUCUACCUGUAUCGCAAGUUCAACCAGCUGAAAGUCAGCAACGAGGAAUAUGCAUGUAUGAAAGCCAUUAACUUCCUCAAUCAAGAUAUCAGAGGCUUGACAAAUUCAUCCCAGCUGGAGCAGCUGAACAAAAGAUAUUGGUACGUCUGCCAGGAUUUUAUGGAGUUCAAGUACCCGCAUCAGCCCAACCGCUUCCCAGAUCUGAUGAUGUGUCUGCCAGAGAUACGCUACAUUGCAGGGAAAAUGGUGAACGUCCCUCUGGAACAGCUGCCUCUCCUGUUUAAGGCUGUUCUGCAUUCCUGCAAGGCCAGCAUGAACAAAGAGUGAGCUCUCGUUGCACCCGCACCCAUCUCUUACUCUGGUGCCUCCGGCGAGGGGAAAGAGGAGCCCACGGCCCAGGCAUUGGCCGUGGCAGGGCAGUGGGUAGCCUUGCCAUUGUAGCAAGAAUCGUUUUUUUUUAAACCUCGUUUCCUAUAAUAUUUAUUUCACGACAGAGUUGAAUGUAUGAUCUUCAACACAGCGUGUUCUCUCGCAGUUUACAGAAUGUGAAGAUGUUUGUUGCAGUGUUUUAGGGUUAGAUCUUUUGUACUGGGGGGAGGGUGGGCUGGGGUCAAUGACUAAGACUACCUCAAGGAGAAGGUGCUGUUCAGGAACUGCUCUUUCCAUGGACUACACCCAAAGCGUUCAUCCCAUCGGGCAACCAGCCGUCUUCUGCAGCCAAAAUCUAUUCUGCCCUAGAGAAAUGCCAAGCUAAAGAGUGGGCACAGCCAGUCAUUUCCUGUCACCCCUUGUUUUCUUUGCUGCAAUCAAUAGCCCGUAGAACCUCCUACGUGGCUCUUCAAGUAUCUGCCCCCCCCCCACUCCCCACAAACACACACAGAGUCUUCCUUUGGUUUACAGUCCCUUCAGAUGUUCCCUACUUGGCAGCUAUGUUUCCUUAUGUUUACUUCACAGGGGUUGUGACUGCAAGAAGGAAACAUGGCAGCUGGAACAGAAGGUGAUAGGUUACAAGGUAUGCUCACCUGCCUUACAGUUUGGCAAAACUUCGCAACAGCUUGGCUAUUGAAACGACUAGGCCAGGAAUGCACACACUAAAAAGCUUAGGCAAAUUGCUUGAGUUGCAGAAGCCUUUCUCACCCACCAACCACUUUGAAAACUGCAGAGCCCUCCAGGUAUCCCACUCGACCCCAGACCCAUUUGCAAGCUGAUGCUUGGCACAUCUCUAGGGUUGAAUCAGAUGAAGGCUGGUAUGGGAAUGCAGGUGGACAAGGCAUGUUGAAAAGUGAGCAUGCCUCAGGCCUAGUGAAAUGCCUUCUCCAUCUUUGGCUUUGGGGUGCUCUUCCAUGGGAUGGAGCCUGACUUGGCUACACCAAGGAAAAGCUCACUUCGUUGAUCUUCCCUCGCAAUGGUUUUGCUGCUGAAGCUGCUGAUUACCAGCAAAGUGAAAAACGGGUAACGGCUGCUGCUGGGACCAGAUUUGUUGCUUCGUGAACCUUCAGACUGGAGUCACGAUCCCUUUGCUUUUUUCCUGUUGGUCCAAAUAGCAUUUUUCUCAGGAAGGCCUUCUGCUUUGACACAAUAUACCUCAAAGGGCAGUGGGAAGAUUGAAACAUGUUCUUUGUGUGUCUACCUGCCUGCCAGAACAUGGUCAUAUUUUUAUUUUAUUUUUCCAAAGAGCUUUCCACAAUUUGGCUAGUUAUCCUUUGGCUUGCUCAUGUUCAUCAGGAAUACUUAUAUUGCACAAAUGGAAGCUCAACCCACACUGUUGAUGGCUUUUCUCAGCAGUUUUAAUAAGGGUUGUUUUUUAAACUAACAUCUGUGGCCACAUGUUUGUCAGAAGCCCUCCCCACUUUGCCAUCUUUCCCCUGCCUCCAAACAUAUUUAAAGGGUGGUUUGACUUCAGAUGAGCACAUCAUACUAGUCUGCCUUUAGCAGCUGGAGCUGUUAGGGUGCGGGGGAGGUUGCUGGCCAUUGUCUCAGCUCCUUCAUUUCAGCAUUAGCAACAGCCUCCACUGACAAAAGACUGUUUAUGUCUGGGAGCAGAAAAGCCAAGCUGAAUCCACAACAGGAGCCAGAGGCUAAUGUAGCAAGCCAGAAGGUAACUCGUUGGGCUGUCAUUAAUGCCUCCUGCAACCAAGUCUGCUAACGACUUGGGAGUUUGAAACAGGGUAAAGUGAAUGUAAUGCAUUGCGGACUCAGGUAUUAUGUGAAGAAAAUAGGACUGUAGCUAGAGGCGUAGAGACCGUAGGUCAUUCACUAGAUGGAUUUGUGAAUUUGGUUUGAAGGACACCCUACAAAGGUUGGAAUUAUUAUUUUUUUUGUACCAUUCUUCACUCACCAGUCAUUUUGCAAAGGGACCAUAUAAUUUUGUGCUGAAUACUUGAGGGGGGGCACAGAAUAACAACUGAUAUUCAUUAUCUCUGGCUUUCCCUUCUGGGCCUCUAGCUUUGAAAAAUCCACCUGCCAUAACAGGGUUCCUGCUAGUUUUUUCAACAUUGUGGCCUGAUUUUUAUACCUUUCUUGGAGAAAAAAAAGAGAGAGAUGGGCUAAGUCACUUCUUUCCCCCCUCCAGUAAAAAUAAGGACCACAGAGUUGCUUCCUAGAGUGAGGCUGCUCCAGCCACCUCUUUGGAUCCAACCAGCCACCUAAGUGGCACAUGUCUCUCUCCAAACAAUAUACCACAUCCCCUUCAGAAGCUGAACAGGGAGACUGGAUUCCCCUUUGCCAUUCAAGUCCAGUCCUUCAAACCAACUUUUUUUGUUUAUAAACUUGAACUUCUUUUAUCUUUAUUUUAUUUCUAAAGGAAAACAAACCAAAACUAGGUGGGAGGGGGGAGAUUUAACAGCCCUCUCCGUCCUGUAACCAUGGCUGUCACCGUCUGUCUCUCUUUUGGUUUGAUUUUUGGCUCCAAUGCAACAGGGUCUGUGGAGACCAAGAUAGAGGUGCUUCCUCUUUCUCAGGCUUUUUAGUGGCAAUCAGCCCUGCCCAGCAAGGCAGGAGGGGAGGGAGGGGGCGGGGCAAUUAGCUGAAGGAUGAAGCUGUUUUUACAUUGUAGAAGAUAUGUGAAUCCAAGGUGACAUCCCAUCAGAUGACGCCAGCGGUGGCUGGUCACAAAGUUUCUCUGAGUUCUUGUGUACAACUUGUGUUGCACACUGAAGCUCAGGGAUAUGUAUUUAAAUGCAACUCAGAGAAACUCCCGUGGCUGUCACUGCUCCAGGUAGGUUUCUUUCUUUUGCCUGUUUGGGGACUCUCUACACUGGCAACAGAAUAUAGGAGCUGUUUUUGGUGGCCAAGGAGGCUUUGGUCACCCCAAGCAAGCCUGAGAAAGAAGCCACUGGCUGGAGUAGAGAAAAGGCCCAAGUGGGCUACCAUGGACCUCAACUGAGCCUUUGUGAUAGAUGGUUUUUCUUUCCUAUGUAUGCAAAUGUCUUGUACUAGUUGUUGAUAACAUUAUUGACUCAAUUUCCAUAACAAAACUACCUCUUGUGUGACAUCCUGUUUUAUCAUCUCAAAGGGAUUGUGUGAAAAACAAAACACUUUUCUACCUUUUAAAACAUGCUGCUGUUUUAUCUAUUUGAGUGAAAACACCAUAGGGAAAAUAUCUCUCUGGGUUGAGUUUUUUUCCUGUUACACCAUAUUUUUUGUUGUUGAAUUGCACAGGGGCAGAGCAUUCCACUGGGCGUUCCAGUCUGUUUGAAAGGCUGAAGCUGCUGUUGGCAAUUGAAAGGAAUGGCAGCUGUGAGUAAGGAGCUUCUCCCUGACAGCUUCUGUUUUCCUCUUCAGUGACUGGAAGGUCUAGUGUCCUCCUGGCAUGCUCCAUCCCUCCCGUGCUCCUCAGAGCACUCACAUCAGCAUCCACUGUUAUGGGUAGCUUGGGAAUAUUGUUGUGGUGCAGCUCACCACCCCAGCCACUGACCAAGUGCAAGCUAUGUGGGUGUGAAUGAGGCUGUACCUUAAACCUUGGCUGAAACACUCCACCCUCACCCUCACUUGCAUGCACACACCUGUCAGUUAUCACUAGCACAACACGGCUGCAAAUUCCUCACCCUGCUCUUUGCAUCUACCUCUUGGCCCCCCUUUUCUGCUGCCUACAUCAUUCGGGGGUUCUUCAGCAGGAGGAAGAAAGGAGGCUGUCGAUUUCCUUCACCGAGCUGCUCAAAAUGCGUUUUUCCCAUAAUCCCUUGUAAUAAAUCAGGGAAGCAGGAUGUCACUGCAACAUAACAAAUAGUGAAUGUUUAGCUGUUAUGUUUUUUACAUGCUUUUGGAGCAGGAGCUUUGGGCAGGCUGCACAGCAGGAUGAGAUCAGCCUGUAGUUGGCCAGGUGGGGACCUGUUGGUGCCUCCUAGCACAGCAGUGUUCUCUUAUUAUACUCUGACCAAUGAAAGUUGCUCCUGGCCACACUGCAGGUCCUGAACUUAUUGCAUCCAGCUGCCUUGGCUUCCAGCACUCCACUCUGUGACUUGACUACCUGUGGAAAUGUGACCAAUAAGUGUUAAACGCAUGUUUAGCAAGUGAUAGGUAUUUGAACUAAUAAAUGUGAACGGUUCUGGAU